AUAGAAACAUCACGGGUCCUCAUGCUGUGUAGAAACGUUUCUGCACAGUUUUGCGCAAUCAAUGAAACAGUGGAUGGAAUCAUUGACAAAUUGCAGAACAUCAACACCUUGCUUAAUCCCCUGAUCGGCGAACCAAAAUCAAACCACGGUGCAUAUGAUGAUGACAUUUUACAGCUGGACUUGCUGAGAGAAAAACUUCGUCUACAAAUUGACAAGUUUCGAGAGAUCUCUUAUGAUAGAAAUGUUAGCUUUGCUAAGUUGAACUUCAUCGCGCAAUUCAACACUAUCAUACAAGGACAACAAUUGAGAACCAUUUGCCUCUCAUUGAAGAACACAGGGGAUAGAGAUGAAAUUUGUGAAUAUGGUCGGCUUACGAAGAACAUAUUACAGCAGAUUGCAGAUCUGCAAAGGAGUUUUGAACAGGAAAAUGAGCAAGUGGAAAAUGAGAGCAGGGAACGGACCGAGAACAGUCUAUCCGUUGAUCAGACCCGGCAAGGAAUAGAGAACGCGAGACUAGUCUUUGAAAAAUUUAUUCCACUGGUUCAUUCAUUCAAUGGGAUUAGAAACCAUCUAGAUAAAAUUUCAAAUCAUUGUUGUCCGUUAUACGGUGAAGCACCACGUGUGACCGCUGGAUUAUUGGAUGAAAGUUUAAGAUCAUUGGACGAUGAACUCAAAAACUUUGAGGCGAAACUAAAUGAUUUCAACUCAUUUUUGGAAUACAAGUCACGGCAGCUGUUUGAAUCGUGCUCGGAGCUUGCUGCAAAAAUGGACGUCCUGAUUGCCGAAGGGGAAAUAUACACGAUCUGCGUUCAUCUGCCAGAGGCAAUUGCAAAUCAACACUUCGACGGGAUCAUACUUUGCGGGAAGAAAGCUAAGACGUUGUACGAGGAAUUCUCAAAGCUGAGGAUAAAUAUUGGAAAAGAGAUGAAUAAGCUGAAGCUGGAAUACAUCGUGACGCCAAAUUCACGGCUUUUCUAAGAUUUUAGGAAUUUUUAAUGUUUUAAAUGUAUACUUGUUAAGUUUGAACAACAUCACUCAUUUUUUACCGGUUGCUCUAAUAAAUGAUCUUCACUU